UUUACAUCGAUGAAUCACACGCUGUAGUUUUUAUUUUAUGUUUUAUAAAUGUGUUAAAAUGUGACAGCUUUCGUCAUGCCAACCACAAACAGGAAGAAGCAAAAGCAGGCGAAGGACACCGCGGUUCAGGGGACGAACGACAGCAGCGUUGUGAGCAAGGUGUCCGCCGCGGCGCGGGGUUACUUCCACGAUGACUUCCUCCGACACUUUGUGUGCAAAGUGGCCAGAAGAGCCCCGCUCAUCAACAGGGGCUACUAUGUGCGCUGGAGAGCUGUUGACCACUGUGUGAGGACGUUUCUGCACGUCACUGAAACCUGCCCCACGAGACAGAUCUUGUCUCUGGGUGCAGGAUUCGACUCUUUAUACUUCCGCCUGCAUGCAGACGGAGCUCUCGGCAGGGCCGUCGUGUUUGAGGUGGAUUUUACGGACGUAGCUCGGAGAAAGACGGCUCUGAUCACGUCUGAUGUGACACUGAGGGGGACGUUAGACUCCCGUUUACCUUCUCCUGCAGGGCCUGUGUAUGUGCUGAGCGGUCAGUACAGACUGCUGGGGGUGGAUGUGAGAGAAGAGUCCCAGGUGGAGGAGGCUUUAGGUGCAGCUGGGCUGGACUGGGACGCCCCCACUCUAAUUCUCUCUGAAGUGGUCCUGACCUACAUGGAAACACAGUGGUCGGAUGCCGUCAUUCGCUGGGUCGCAAAGCGUCUUACACAGUCGCUCUUCGUCAUGUACGAGCAGAUCCAUCCACACGAUGCUUUCGGUCGCAUCAUGCAAGAGCAUUUCCUGAAACUGAAUUCCACCCUGCAUGCACUUCGACAAUACCCCGACACUGCUGCUCAGAGACACAGGUUCCUGGACAAGGGCUGGGAGCAGUGUGUGUGUCUGGAUAUGAAUGAGUUUUACCUCGGGCUGGUUUCUGAGGAGGAGAGACACCGAGUGGAGAGUCUGGAGCCGUUUGAUGAAUAUGAGGAGUGGCAUCAGAAAUGUUCACAUUAUUUCAUCCUCACUGCAUCUCGAGGCUCUUUGAUGUCUCAGGCUUUACUCUCACACGCUCCAGUAUCUGCAGUGCCAUCCACCCUGCCCUCUCUGAGCGCCACAGCUCUGAGUGUAAAGACAGCAUCAGUCAGUUUGGAGGGGCUGGGGAUGGCGUCAGGCUCGGUGAGCCCGGGGCGAGUCCUGCUAACAGGAGGCUCGAGCAGAGAGGGCAGAGGGGCCGGGACCAGGAUGCUCCUCAGAGGGGAGGAAGGCUGGAGAUCUGUGAGGGUGGAACCAUCUGAAGAUCUAGGCGUUCGACUCUACCACACAGUCACCGCUCUCCCUGGAGGAAGUCUUGUGGUUUACGGUGGUCGCUCCUCUCCUUUAAACCCAACCAGAGGUCUUUUCAGAGUGACCUUUGACCCUGCUGCCUCACCUGGUCCUCUUGACUCAGAGGACAGAGGCGCAGUCAAACUUGGCGCGGAGCAGCUGGUCUGCACGGGCGAUCCGCCAACGCCAAGAUGGAGGCACACCGCUACUACACUCAGCCAUAAAGGCAACAACUUCCUGUUUGUGUUUGGUGGAAAGAACGAAUCAGAGGCAGCUCUGGGUGACAGUCACUUCCUGUGUUUGGACCGGCAGCACUGGACCGAGAUGCCAGUAGAGGGCGCAGUACCAGAGGCUCGUCACUCCCACUCAGCGUGUUCAUAUCAGGGAGGAGUGGUGAUGUUUGGAGGACUGGACAGAGGCGGGGUGCCGCUGGGAGACUCAGCUGUUCUACGGCCCACUGAGAGAGGCUUCACCUGGGAGAGAUUAGAGGUGCAGCCCCCUCCUCUCCCCAGGUUCUCUCAUCGUGCUCAUGUGGUGGGUGAAAAGCUGGUUGUGGUUGGAGGAGUUUGGCUGCAUUCAGACGGCGUCCCAGGCGUUCUCAUCAUCAACCUGGCGACACACAGCAGUGUGGAGUUCAGUCUGGAUACGACCUCCGUGCCGUGGCCUCUGAUGCUGCACUCUUUCUGCUCGGAGCUGAUGGACACAGAACGGCCUCGGCUGCUCCUGAUUGGCGGAGGAGGAAACUGUUUCUCAUUCGGGACUCACUUCAACCUUCAGCCUGUCACUGUAGACCUCAGACCUGCACUGGGAUGAACUAGACUGAAGGUUUUUCUCCACUAAAAAAGAAGGGGAACCCCUGUAUUAUGCACUCAUCCUGCGUCUGCUUUUACACAUUCUUACAUUGAUUCAUGAGUCAAAGGUACCAGAAACAUUAAAAUUGCUUCAGUGGAUUUCUUCAGCCUGCAGCCGCAAAACUCUCUGUAAAGGCUGCAACACAAUCCUUUGUGGCGAAUCAAAGAACUUCCUCUUACAAGGCUUGUUGUUACUUAAAGGCUCAAAAUGUUCCAAUAGGCUUAGAAGAGGAUCCCUUCAGAGAUAGAUGUUUAUGUUAAACCCAGAACUUCGGCAGCCUAAAGAUACACCCUACUGUUUAAAAAAACAAGCUCGCAAAACCUGAGGGUUUUCAGGUACCCAGCACAGAAUAUAAAGGUUUAUUAAAAACUGAAGCCUGGGGGCGCUGGUGGCGCAGUGGUUAGUGCGCGCGCCCCAUGUAUGGAGGCUGUCGAGCGCCUCAAGCGGGCGGCCCGGGCCCACCCGUGGCCUCCCUCCCGCAUGUCGUUCCCCACUCCCUCCCCUGAUCUCCGACUCUAUCCACUGUCCUAUCUCUCCAUUAAAGGCACAAAAAGCCCAAAAAUAAAUCUUUAAAAAAAAAACUGAGUCUGAGUGACGUCCCCCGUCAGUGUUCCUGCAGGGGACGCUGGAGUCCCAUCGAUGGCGGUCCCUAUGCUGGAAAUGCUGUCUCAGCCUAACUUUCAGUCGACCUAACGACAGGCUGAGAGCUGGAGCUGAGGCGGGUUUUAAACCUCCUGACAAACCGUUACACCGCGCCCGCCUGUGAAUCAGGUCAGCUACACACCUUAUUGUGAAUAACGCUUAUCCUUCAUCAAAUCAAAACGGAUGAGUCAUCAAAACAUUCACCCUCCGUACAGUGUGUGCUCAUCGAGACAUGAGCUAAUCAAACCUGUUUGGUUUUUUGAACCAGGCUGUAAACAUGUUAAUCUCUGCUGUAAAAACAGGCUUUUUAGAAUGGGUGUGUGUGUGACUUCCUGUGUUUCUGCAGCCAGCCUCUAGUGGACACUCGAGGAACUGCAGGAUUUUGUAGGACUGCAGGAUGAAGCAUCGGCUUAAUUUUUUCAACACCAGAGGUUGCUGCUUGGUCUUAAAGCUAGAAGCAUGCCAACUUCUCCUCAGGUCUUAAAGGUAUACACACGUAAAUGUUCCAUUCCGUUUAAAUGGGUUUCGAGCACAAUGCAAAAGAAGCACAUCACUUUUUGAUCACUGCUGCCUCGAAAGGUUAUUCUGUAGUUGUUAUCCCUUGACUUGUUUACGACGGUAAGAUCUGAUCCAAAAUAUUUUGUGUAACAGUCCCAACACACAUAAAAAUCGACUAAUCGAGGCAGCGUAAGUCGAGCUACUGCCAUGAACUGGAAGGUAAAAUGAUGUGGGGUCUGGUGGGGUUUUUUUCUGAAGUAUUUUGAGACACCGAGGAUAAACUUUUGAGCCUGUCAGUUGCAAAACAAACCGAUUAGUGAACCCACUUCGGUGUAGUUCCUCAGAGACCUAUGAUGCAGCUGAGGUGACGAUUCAAACGUUUUAAACUGGAUAAAAAGGUCAACGGAUAAAAAGGUCAACCUUGAAUUAACCAGGUGCAUUCAGAGCUUACACAUAUAGUGUCUGUCCGUUUAGCUGCAGACGAGUGUUAAAAAGUCUAAAAAGUGGACAUGAAACAACUCAUGAAUGAAAACCCGUAGAAAUGUCUUCAGUGUGCUUUCAGGACAGGCUUUUAUUUGCGAGACCUCAGUUCAAAUCACAAAAUAGUCAAUGAAAAUCAGAGUCAAAUGUCAGCAUGGUAGGUCGUUUGCUUUUAGCGAUUUGGAUGUAGGGUGAUUACUCCGUGAAGCGCCUGAAGGACUGGACGGUGGGACUGACUGCGCCCCAGUCUCCGUGCUUGCGGUACUCUCCUUUCUCCAGGAAGUACUGGCGACCGCGGUAGUUGGGGUGCUCGUAGAAAACCCACCAGCCGUCGUAGACCUUGCAGGAGUAGACCUCUCUCCAGCGGAACUUUUCCACGAGGGAGGGGCAGUCCUCCGAGGUCUCGUAGGCCUGACCACCGAAGUCCGCCUUCUCAUACAGCUGCAUCUUGUACAUGGUCCCGCUGGUCUGGAAGGAGGGGGGGCAGGAGGUGGAAAGAAGUAGCAGACAGAGAGUGAUGGGUGGAGGUGAGGAGGGGGUAGUUAGUGCAGAGGGUUGGGGAAAAAUGGGGAGGGGAUGUGGGGUAAGAAAAAAGGGGAUGGAGGGAUAUAGAGGGAGGUGAGAUUUGCAUCUAAGAGGAAGAUAUAUUUGUAGAAGAGCGUGACAUAAAUAUGAUUCUAUGCUACACUGUAGGACUCACACUGUUAGCCAUUUAAGAGGAAAAUCCCCGAACCACUGAUUUGGCUGUUUAUCUUUCAGCUGGGGCGAAAAAAUAAUGUUUUUCUUUCUGUAUCCUGUCCCACUAUGAAUGCAAAGCUUCCCCAAAGGUUAUUGUAGCGAACCUGAGGAAGCCACUGUGCGAAACACGCUGUUAUAUGCAUUAAACUUUAAAGACGAUCUGCACAA